GAGUCUGGGACGCGCCGCCACCAUGAUCAUUCCUGUGCGGUGUUUCACUUGCGGCAAGAUCGUCGGCAACAAAUGGGAGGCCUACCUGGGGCUGCUGCAGGCCGAGUACACUGAGGGGGAUGCGCUGGACGCCCUGGGCCUGAAGCGCUACUGCUGCCGCCGGAUGCUGCUGGCCCACGUGGACCUGAUCGAGAAGCUGCUCAAUUAUGCACCCCUGGAGAAGUGAUCAGGCUGGAGUCCGCCUACCUGCCAUGCUGACCAUGGGCCAUGAGCAUCCUGCCCCAAGUUCACGAGGCUGAGGCAUCCAGGAGCUGGCGCAAUGCCUUGCCACAGCGUGUGUGUCCCAUCCCCCACUCUGGAAGGAACCAGCCAGUAAAGGUUUUUCAGAAC